UUUUUUACCACUACCUCUAUUGUGAGUAAAAUCGUCAAAAAUGGCGACAAAAACACAAUUAGAGUUAUUUACAACAUUAGUUUCAAAUGAAAAAAAUACUAGACUAAAAGCUGCAAAGGAAUUGAUCGAUUCUAUAGCUAGCGAGGAGGAAUUAAAAUAUGCAUUGAAUCGAUUGACCAAAGGUGUUUCUAGUGGUCGCGAAAGCGCUCGUUUAGGGUUUUCGGUUGCUCUUACUGAGAUCAUUACACGCAAAGAAGAAAUUACUGCUCAACAAGUGUUAGAGCUGCUUGUAAAGCACAAUACUGUCACUGGAAAUUUGAAGGGACAAGAAGAACGCGAUUAUUAUUUUGGCUUGCUGUUUGGUUUGCAAACUAUCUCGUUUUCCUGCGUUCUCCAACGUCAGUCCUCUUCCAAGGAUGACUUUCAGAGAAUGGUGGAUUUACUUUUACAGUUGUCUGAGAAGAAAAGCUGGCUUCGGGACACUUGCUUCCUUGUUUUAUAUGACUUGGUAAAGCAGAUUCCAGCAUUACCCUAUGCUUCUGAGGCUUACGACGUUAUUGACAAGCUUUUACAAACAACGGCCGUCUCAAAAUCUUCCGAAGGUGUGGGCUUAUACCUUUGCUUAUCUCAUAUACCGGAAGACAUCAAGAGUCAUCCUACGUCAAUGUCUGGCUGGGACCCUGUUUAUCCCUUGCAUAAAUCCAAUCUUGUGACUCUUUCGAAAGUCUUAAGGCAAGUGGAAGUGCAGGAAAUGGGUGGUCAACAUAGCGCUUGGAAACAAAAGCUCCCAUAUGUCUGGCGCUUCUUAUUCAACGAGUACAAAACUAAUUCGAACGAACAGCUUGCUCCAUUUGAGAAUUUUUGGAACGUUGUGGUAGAUGAAGGCGUCUUUGCUUCCACUUCUUCAUUGGAGCGCAAAUUCUGGGGGCUUCAAAUUAUUGAAUUAGCUUUAGACUAUGCUAGUAGCUCUACAGUGGGUACUUUGUUUUCUAGAAAUUUUAUGCACUGUUUCAUCAACCAUUUAAGUGAUGAAGGGCGCUAUCUUUACCGGGCGGCAAGACGCGUUGUUUCAAAAAUUGAGAAGGUUUGCAAAAAUGACGCUAACCUAGUAUACCCAAUUGCUGUUCACCUUUUGGGAGAACGUGGCUCUCUAACCUUUGAUCGCCUUACCAAUACUAAACUGGUAGAGCAUAUCCUUCCUCUUGCCACAGAGAAAGGGAUCCUUUCUCUAUUCGACUUGCUUUUGGGAUUUAUCAAGCGUUGUCCUAAAGACAUGGCAUCUGAUACCAAGGCUGUGGAAGGAAGACGUCAGUGGGUAACUGAUACCAUGCUGAAUAUUCUGCGCAGCAAUCGAUCUGUAAAGCAUAGCAGUUGGGUUAGUGAGCUUCUCAAUAUUUUUAUCACUUAUGGUUAUUUUGAAAUUCCGGAAAAUGAAGCUAGUCCCAAAAUCUCAGAAACUACUCAAAACAUGUUUCGCUUGCGAUUAAUGUCAGCAUUAAGCUACUUGAGCUAUAGUGCUUUCGAAGUGUCUCAGGAAGACGGUGAUCUCAAUAAAAAGAACUGGCCGUUUACAGCAUUGAACAGUUUGCUUGACCACGCUAAGGAUAAAAAGAUGGCUUUGAUUGUUCAAAUGGAUGAAUCUGUGAAUGAAGUUUUAGAUAAGUCUUUAUCUGUGCUCCACAAAGUUACCAAAAAAUUCAACAAGCAGAGCGAUCACUUACAACAAUUACAGGCUUUUCAAUUACUUUACUCAUUAGUACUUCUACAGGUUUACGCAGGUGACACAGACUCAAUUGAGGUUUUAGAGGAUCUAGACAACUGCUACUACAGGGUUUUCAGUAAAAAGUCUAAACAGAAAACGUCUGCUGGGGAACCUACUUCUAUGGAAAUUUUAACAGAAGUCAUGCUGUCUCUUUUGUCUCGUCCUUCUCAUCUACUUCGGAGACUUGUGGAUAUGCUUUUUACCUCAUUCUCACAGGACAUGAACCGUGGCAGCAUACGUCUUAUUUGUGAUGUGUUGACUACAAAAGAAAAUGCAAAAGAAAAAGAUGGAAUGUUCGCCGGGGAAGGCGAGGAUGAAGAGGAAGAAGAAGAAGAAGAAGAAGGUGAAGGAAUGGAUAUGGACGAGGAUGGAUUUCAAGAGAUAGAAACGGAUGAAGCUGAGGGGAGCGACUGGGAAAUGGUCUCUAACCAAGGUUCUGAUGAUGAAGAACUUGAACGUAAAUUGGAUAAGGUAUUAGAAGAUGCAGAUGCUAAAGCUAAGGAUGAUGAAAGUUCUGAAGAAGAACUAAUGAACGAUGAACAAAUGCUUGCUUUGGAUGACAAACUAGCAGAAGUUUUCCGUGAACAGAAGAAGGCAUCUAACAAGGAAAAGAAAAAGGGAGAGGAAGAAACAAAAUUGCAGAUUGUUCAGUUCAAAGUCAAGGUGAUUGACUUGAUUGACAACUAUUACAAAGCACAACCUCACAGUGGGUUGGGAUUCGAAUUCCUUCUUCCUAUGCUAGAAAUGGUUACAAAGACAACACACAAAGUGUUGGAAGAAAAGGGAAUUGCUGUUUUUCGUAACCGCCUUAACAAGUUACGUUGGACAAAAGAGCUCCCUGAGCCAAAGGAUGUGAUUGAAGCACUGAAAAAGGUCCACCAAUUGUGUAGUAAAAAAGCUAAUUUAGGAGCGACUGGAUCCAGUAUAUCUCAACUAUUCCUACGAUUACUUGCUGACAAAGUUGAAUUGAGCGAGGCUUUCAACGUAUACAUGUCAACUUUUACAAACUGGAUUCAAAACCCAAGCAAGAGCCAUUUCAGUGCGAAUAUUUUUCAUGAUUUUGUUAAUUGGGGUGCUCAGCAACGUUUGAAGCAUCAGCAACAGUUGACGGUGUCUUCUCAGGCAAAGUCUUCUUUGGAUGCUCAUCCGACUGAGGGGGGUAAGGAAAAUGGAAAGAUAAAUCAUUAAAGGCGAAUGCCUCGGAGAAUUCAGGAAAUAAAAUUUGGGUAUAUAGUUUUUUCUGGCAUACUCUAUAGAUGUUUGGGUAUUUUGAUUUGAUGUCUUUAGAUGGCAGAUUGUCCACAUACAGUUGUAGAUUAUUACCACACAUGGAAAAUUGUUUUUCAGACCUCGAGUAAAC